AUUCGUGGUGAAAUGGAUGAAAUCAACAUUGAUCAAAGUUAUGUUGGACAUCCGACAGUGUUUUCAAUAAGAAUGCACCAUGGAGGUGAGUUUACAAGCUUUCCUGGAAGGAAGUAUAUUCAUGGGAAGCAAACAUUUGUUGAUUUACUGGACAUUGAUACCUUUUCCGUUCAUGACAUUGAUGAGAUGAUGGAAGACCUAAGGUAUGCUUCAGUAGGUAAACCACUUUACUAUCACUUUCAAUGGCCUUUAGGCAAUUUAGAUUUUGGGUUAUUCGCUUUAGCUAGUGAUGAAGAUGUUCGUUAUUGGGGAGUUUUGUGGCUAAUCAUAAGUUAAUUGAGGUAUAUAUAGAGCAUGACAAAACUACUUUGCAC